CAAGGUGGUCGACCUUGAUUAUUUUACAUCACAAUACCGUUCGGCGCUCAGUGUCAAGAUGACUCCAGCCUUGCUCACUCCGAGUGCCUACAUCCUGACUGUGUUGUUAGUUGGUCCUGCUGCCGCAUGUUUCAGUUUCAAGUCUCCCCACGAAAGCCCUGUGCUGACCAGAGUCACGGAGCCUGUGGACCACGGAGAGGGUCCUCACUGGGACCCGACAGAGCAAGUCCUCUACUAUGUCGACAUCUCGGGCCAGGCACUUCACAGAUAUGACCCGGCCACCAAAACUGACACCUCGCUGAAACUUGACAAACCCGUGGCUCUUGUGGUGCCAGUAAAAGACGAGAGGAACAAGUUUGUGGUGGGACUGGGCCGGGACUUGGUAGUCUUGACAUGGGACUGGAACUCUGGAAAACACCAAAUCUCCACCCUAGCCUCUGUCGACCAACACGAGACCGGCAACCGCUUCAACGACGGCAAGGCCGAUGCGAAGGGCAGAGUUUGGGCUGGUACAAUGGGACCCGAGAAGCCAGUGGGCAACGUGCUGCCUGACCGAGGCACGUUAUACCGCCUGGACAACGACCCCAGCAAGCCUUGUGUAGCUGAUGUAGAGAUACGACCUGCGACCAUCAGCAACGGCCUCACCUGGAGUCUGGACAACAAGAUACUCUACUACAUAGACACACCCCUACGCAGAGUGGACGCCUUCGACUUUGACCUGGAGAAUGGACAAAUUUCUAAGCGAAGGACAGUCUUCGAGUUUGGAGAACUACCUGGCAAUCCAGACGGAAUGACCAUUGACUCUGAAGGCAACCUUUGGAUUGCAUGUUGGGAUGGAUAUCAGGUUAUCAAGGUGGACCCUGUCAGUGGAGAGCUGCUACAGGAGGUGAAGCUGCCUGCUUCACGAGUGUCGUCUGUAUCAUGGGGAGGGCCGGCAUUGGACACGUUGUAUGUAACCACCAUGAGGCUGGGUUUGACCCCAGAAGAGCUGAAGACACAACCUCACGCUGGAGCUGUUUGGCAGAUCACCAACCUCCACACCAGAGGCACACUACAGCACAACGCUGUCAUCGGGUGCAACCAAUCAUAAACAAAUUUAUAUUUUUUCCAUUAAAUUAUCUUUUUCAAGUCA